AGUUUCUAUUGUGUAAAAGAUGGUUCGUUUAAAUAGUCAAAAACGAACUACAAGAGAAAUGCGUAAUUGUGAAUUUGCAGAAAAAACAUUGCAAAUAGGAAAUGUACUUAAAUUCCAUUUGUGACUUUAAGUAAUCAGAACGAUUUCAAAAGUCAAACGUAAUUACAAAUUUGUUAAAAACCUAUUUGACGUUAUCCAUUCAUUAUUCUUUUGGCUAUAUAUAGUGGUGUGCCGUGAUCUCCAGCGAGUAUAAUUCUGCGGAGUAUCGGAUUUUACUCGUAUUCUUGUUAAAUUCAGCAGACGACACUGGCGUUGUCAUCUAAACAAGAAAUAAACGGAUACAACAAAAGUUACCAUGGAUCUUGAAGAGAUAGAAAUAGUCGAGAACCUGCAAAACAUUGCCAUAGACACGUCAACACAAGAGACAGAACGAAACGAAACUAAUGGCGUUGGUCACCAUAGUAACGAUUUAUUUGUUGCUAAAGUCGUCGUUCAAACGGUCAUUUUGACGUUGGCCAUAUUUGGUAACACCUGCUUGUUUUUUGUACUGCGCAGACGCAAAAGGAACUUCACUAGAAUGCACGUGUUCAUCACACAUCUGUGUUUUGCCGACAUGUUAGUUGCGUUCUUCAACAUUUUACCACAGCUAAUUUGGGAAAUUGUCGGAGAGUGGAAAGCAGGUGAUUUCAUGUGUAGGUUUGUGAAGUUCAUGCAAAUAUACGUAAUGUACUUAUCAACAUACGUGCUUGUUCUCACUGCAUUAGACAGACGUCGUGCAAUUUGCUCACCAUUACUUAGCCACACGUGGACUUAUAAACUUGUACAUCUGUCAGUUGGUGUGGUAUAUAUCUUGUCUGCUUUUCUUAGUUUACCACAGGCGAUUAUCUUUAAGUAUCAGGAAACUGUGCCUGGAACCGGACAGAAGAAUUGCUGGGUUCAUUUUCAUCCUGAGUGGACGCUGCAAGUCUAUAUUACUGCAUUUACAGUUCUAGUCUAUAUACUUCCACUUGGCAUACUUAUAUACGCAUACGGCUCCAUAUACUACACAAUAUUUGUGAGACAGAAAGAAUCAAAAAGAGAUUUUUCAAAAAGAGAACUUGUAAAAUCAAAGGAUAAUUCAGUAAUAGAAAAGAACGGUGUACCAAUUAGAAGACUGAAUGUCCCUUCAUUUACAAGUGGAAAAUCUGGCAGAAAUCGUGGUCAGUCGAUGGUUCCUCGCAGUAAUUCAUUUGCUGGCUUUACACGCGCCAAGAUGAAAACUGUGAAACUGACUUUAGUGAUCAUCCUGGCGUAUAUUGGGUGCUGGUCCCCGUUUUUCAUAUCACAACUCUGGUGGCUGUAUGACGAAACGGCACCAGCAAGCCAUAGUGCAAUCGUUAUCAUGAUACUACUCGCAAGUCUGAACAGCUGCUGUAACCCAUGGAUAUAUAUGGCGUUCAGUGGAUCUAUUUCUUUCCGCGUAUUCUCUUCUUGCUGUUCGUGCUGUGGUAACCAAAGUACAUGUAGUAACAGAGCGAGCAGAAGUGGCUACGAAAAUCAACGAAUGUUGCCGAGAACACAUUCUGUGCUUACAACACCAUUAACACCGACGCCUUCAACCUCUUCAAAACUGAUCGUUCCAAAUACAAUAAUUAUUGAAAGUAGUUCAAUGUAAAACACUCACCUAAUACAUACUAAAAGUUAAAUAAAUGUCAUCACAAGGUGAUGCAAGAUUAAACAGUGGAAAUUGAUCAAAGUGUCUCAAAGAUCUGGCACAGUGCUACCUUAAACAGAAAAAAAUGCGAUAGGAUUUACGUACAGCGUGAUUGGCAUGUGUAAUGAUCUAACUGCUAUUGAUAUUGUAGACAUUGGGAAACACAUCUUUGCAUUCAUAUCUCACGGUUGUUCAGACAUAUUUUCCAAAAAAAAAAAAAA